CUUGUGUUAUUUUAAUGAUCUUAUGGUAUGGUAUAUUGGGGUUUGAGAUCUGUCACCAAAGGGAAAGAUAAACUGUGGACCACUAUGACCGGAAGAUGAACUGUCAAAAUGAACCUCAGCAUUUACCUCAUAUUCUUGAUUGUGCUGCUGGGCUUCAAUAUUCUGUUCUGGGUCCUUGUCAUUUGGUUUCGAAUCUUCUUCGGCUGCAGUGUGUGUGGAGCGAGCAGGAGGAAUCCAUCAGAUCGACGAGGAGGGCGUGACUCUCAGCCCGGUCUGGGAAAUCCCGCGUUUAUUCACGAUGAGGACGAAGAUCCAGCGCGGACGCGGCCAAGGCCUUACACAAUCACGGAGAGGAUGGAAUCUCCACCUUCAUACGAAGAUGCCAUCAAACAGGAGCAAUUCGGAUUUCAAAUACCCACCGCAAGCACGGAUGCACCACAGAGAUCUGAACUUUCGAGUCUUCAAAUUCUUCAGAAUCAGACUGAAAGUGAACCAACUGUAAGUCACAGAGAGGGUGCUGCAAUCCAAUCAAGCUCUACUGCUUCAAGUCAGGCGCCUACAGACCCGAGAGAUAUCGCAUCUUGUUCGCGUGUGCACACGUAUCCAGCUCGCCAGUUGUCCACCAUCAGUGAAGAAAAUGACGACUCACUGCCAGUCACAGUCAUUAUUGACAAUAUUGGUGUCCAAACAGCCAGACUCUUAGGGGAUUCAUUGGAUCCAACGAUCAAAUUAACGGACGGAGAGCAGCUGAUAGAUCAUUCGAAAUGUUGACCACAACGGAGAGAACUUUCUCUGUGUACAAUAUAGUUUUGAAAGCAGAUUGCUAAUUGUAAAAAGAAAAAGAUUAUUGUGACUGAAAUAAAGGUUUUA